CCCGGCCUGCGGUAGGUCGUGCCUCCGCGGCACAACGAUCGCAGACAAACGCGUACUCGCACGUUUUCUUUGAAAAUUCGCGCAAUUGCAAAGAAAAAAGUGAACGGGACCAAGUGAUCUACGUGUGCUGUGAUUCAUGUUACCACAUCGGACACUCUAUUUUUUUAUCAAUACACCGGUAAUGCUAGUAGAGAUACGUGAUCGCACUAGUGGAACUUACGUUUCAAGUAGUAAGGAUUGCGUGAACCGAAAACGGGACCAGUAGUUCAGAUAGAGUCACGACAUAUCAACGAUAGCAAUAAAUGUAGAAUUUGAAUAUCUGUAGCCAUAUUUGGUUAAGAGAUAUUUUAAUGACAUAUCCGUCCGUUUAGAGAAGAUAUUUUUGAUAAAUAUAGUUUAAGAUAUAAAUGAUUUUUAAUAGAGAAGCCAGUAUAUCAUUGAAUAUGGCUUUUGUAAGUGUGAGGAUGAGUUUGAGGUUGCUGUGGACGGUGGUGGUGGCGCUGGUGUGCUUGACGAGGAGCAGCGCGGCGCCGGCCUUCGGGGGAACUGAUAAAGCCAUGAUGUACCUGGCGCAGUAUGGGUACCUUAGCCCGUCGGUACGGAACCCCUCGAGUGGACACAUCAUGGACGAGAGUUCGUGGCGACGAGCCAUCGCCGAGUUCCAGAGCUUCGCUGGUUUGAAUGCUACAGGUGAAUUGGAUGAAGAGACGACAAAAGUGAUGUCCCUGCCCCGUUGCGGUGUUCGAGACAAAGUCGGCUUCGGGGAGAGCCGUGCCAAAAGAUACGCGCUUCAAGGUUCAAGGUGGCGUGUCAAGAAUUUGACUUACAAAAUUUCCAAGUACCCUUCAAGACUGAACAGGGCCGAGGUGGAUGCUGAGCUGGCGAAGGCUUUCUCCGUGUGGUCGGACUACACAGACCUCACCUUUACACAGAAGAGGUCCGGACAGGUCCACAUUGAAAUUAGAUUUGAAAAAGGAGAGCACGGCGAUGGUGAUCCAUUCGACGGGCCCGGUGGCACCCUCGCUCACGCAUACUUCCCUGUCUACGGUGGUGACGCUCAUUUCGACGAUGCGGAGAUGUGGACCAUCAACUCCAGGAGAGGAACCAAUCUCUUCCAAGUGGCUGCGCACGAGUUCGGUCACUCACUCGGUCUUUCGCACAGUGACGUCAGAUCAGCCCUCAUGGCUCCCUUCUACAGAGGAUACGACCCUGCCUUCCAGCUUGACCAGGACGACAUCCAGGGUAUUCAGGCUCUCUACGGUCACAAAACGCAAACUGACAUCGGUGGGGGCGUAGCUCCCAACCAGCCCACUGGCCCCCGCGUGACCACCCAGCAACCAUCGGCCGAGGACCCCGCUCUCUGUUCGGACCCCAAGUUCGAUACCAUCUUCAACUCGGCUGAUGGAGGCACUUUCAUCUUCAAGGGCGAACACUAUUGGCGGUUGACUGAAGACGGUGUAGCAGCCGGCUACCCUCGGUUGAUCUCACGCGCCUGGCCCGGCCUGCCCGGUAACAUUGACGCUGCCUUCACGUAUAAGAACGGAAAGACCUACUUCUUCAAGGGCUCUAAGUACUGGAGGUAUAAUGGGCAGAAGAUCGAUGGAGACUAUCCUAAAGAAAUUAGCGAAGGUUUCACUGGAAUCCCUGAUAACCUAGACGCUGCAUUAGUCUGGUCGGGCAACGGCAAGAUCUACUUCUACAAGGGCUCGAAGUUCUGGAGGUUCGACCCUGCCCAGAGGCCACCGGUCAAGGCCACCUACCCCAAACCUCUGUCCAACUGGGAGGGAAUCCCUGAUGGCAUUGAUGCUGCAUUGCAAUAUACCAAUGGAUACACUUACUUCUUCAAGGGUGGAUCUUACUGGCGGUUUAACGACAGAACUUUCAGUGUGGACUCAGACAACCCAGCGUUCCCGCGGUCGACCGCCUUCUGGUGGUUAGGCUGCAGCAGCGCGCCCCGAGGCACCGUCGGAGGUAACGCGAAACUGACGCACAGCGGCGAGGGACCGUCUGAGGAUGAUGUCGGGGACAUCCUCUUCGACGCAGAUACAGAAGAAAGUUCUGGCGGUAGAAGCGGUAAUAACAGCGCGAAUAGUGUUCAGAUGUCGUUUGCGCUCGCGCUGGUAACGGCGUUCGUCGCGAGGAUAUCGGCGCGCGCCUAGCGACGCCCGACGCGUGCAGCGAUGUCCGCGCGGGAUGCGCGCGUUCAGUGUCUCGGUUGCGAGCUAGCGCUGGGCUGACGUCACAUGGACGGUUCACGGAUUCUAUGUCAUGUCCCAGCGCUACUCGUGCGGCCCCCGGGCUUCCAGCCCUCCGUGUCACCGACUGUGAUCGUGUGUUGUGUGCCUGUCCGCGUUCGGUAUAUUGUGUAUAGCGAACGCUGUGCUGUGAUGACGAAUGAGUCCUUUUUAUACGCGAGAACGAUAAUUUAAUGCGAAGUCAUAGUUUUUAUACUUAAUAUAAAUAGAUGAUGUAAGAUCGAGUGUGAUAUUGACGUAAGCGAACAUUUUUGUAUUAAAAUAUUUAAACAAACGGAA